ACCACAUACACACGCACGCACGCACGCACGCAAACACCAGCAUACAGCAAUAACAACAUUCGACCUGCAUCUGGCUACUGGGAAGAACGAAAAAUACGGAUACACCCCACUCCGACUCGCAACCCCACACCCACGAUAAACCGUCAUCAUGGAAGUCGCCACCGAGUCGCCCAUCACGGUCAUCGUCAACAGCAUCCGCGGUCAAAACAUCGCCUUUGCUACCGAGAAGAAUGCGCCUCUCAGCUCCAUCUAUGAAACGCUUUACAAACGCGCACCAUGGGUCCAGAACUCAUCUUACAUCCUCACCACAAACUCGCGCCGCUCAGUCUGCCAUGACGAAGCCCCCGUCUCAUCACUACUCUCUUCGCCAGCCGACACAUUUCUGUCACUACGCCUGACUGUACCUCUAUGUGGUGGAAAGGGUGGUUUUGGAUCCAUCUUGCGCGCUCAAGGUGGCCGCAUGUCGUCGCGCAAGAAGAAGCAGGGUGACGUGAACGGAUCCUCUCGCAAUCUGGAUGGACGGCGUCUGCGGACAGUCACCGAAGCCAAGGCACUUGCCGAAUAUCUAGCCAUCAAGCCUGAGAUGGAGCAGAGAGAAAAGGAGGAGCGUCGGAAGAAGUUGGAAGACAUUGUCGCCAGCACCGAGCGCAAGCAGGAAGAGCUGCAACACAGCAGGGGCACAGCACGUUUAGAUGGACAGUGGGUAGAGAACAAAGAGGAAGCCGAAAACAAGACCCGCGAGGCUAUCGAGAAGAUGCUCAUGGCACAGAGAGAGAGCUCAGAAGAGGAAGAGGAAGCAGAGGUUCAGCCAGUCGCUUCGGCAUCAAAGCCUGUUCAGCAACGGACCAUGUUUGGUUGGGACGACGAGGAUAAUGAGUUUAUGAGCGAUAGCGAAGACGACGACGAUGUCUCUGAAGAGGAUGCGAAGCCUGUAAUUGAGGGCAAAGGAAAAGCUAGGGCUGUCUAAGUUCUUUCCAGUUUGGCUGCAUCAUUUGACGCGACUCGACUUUUCAAUGCAUACAAUGGCGUUUGGGAGUUGUGCUCUUUUUUUCUCUGUAGAUACCCAAUAUUAUAACAUUCUCAGUUCAUAACUUCAGACAUCCGCUCUAGCUACCGCUCAUAAUCACUAU